AUGGGAUCAGUUUCCAAACACACACAAAGGCCGUGGAUCGAGACACCAUGUGUCUACUCAGCCCCCUUAUCUCGGGUUGCCGGCUGCAACAUCUACCUCAAGCUUGAGAACUUGCAGCCAUCAGGCUCCUUCAAGUCCCGAGGGAUCGGGAAUCUCAUGGUGAGGGCCGUCGAGUCGACCAAGUCCCCCUCUACGUCGGCGGAGGAUGUCCACUUCUACUCUUCCUCGGGGGGCAACGCCGGCCUGGCAUGCGCGACGGCCGCCGCGACCCUCGGCCGGCCGGCAACGGUCAUCGUGCCCAUGAGCACCUCGCAGCUCAUGAUCGGCAAGCUGCGCGAGCUGGGCGCCGACGUGGUGCAGGUCGGCGAGAACUGGGCGGCGGCGGACAGGCACCUCCGCGGGGUCGCCAUCCCCGAGUUCGAGAGGUCCCACCCGGGCUCGAGGGCCGUGUACGUGCCGCCCUUUGACCACCCGCACGUCUGGGACGGCAACGCGACCCUGGUCGACGAGCUCAGGGCGCAGAUGUCCGAGGCCCCUGACGAGCAGAAACAGAUCGACGCCAUCGUCUGCAACGUCGGCGGCGGCGGCCUGAUGUGCGGCGUCAUGCAGGGGGUACAGAAGCUCAAGGACUCUGGCUACGGGGGCCCCAAGGUCCUGGCCGUGGAGACGGAGGGUGGUGAUAGUCUCAACGCCAGCGUCAGGGCGGGGGAGCUGGUCACACUCCCUGGUAUUACUACUAUUGCGACUUCUCUCGGGGCCCCGAGGGUCGCCGAGCAGGCGUUUGCUUGGGUUGAAAAGGCAGGAGGCGACUUGAUUAGUGUAGUCGUCACGGACAAGGACGCGGUUGAUGCAAUGGUCAAGUUUUUGGACCACGCGAGGAUACUGGUGGAAAGUGCAUGCAGCGCAACGAUUGCUACAGUGUACAAGGGCGACCUCAGGAAGUAUCUUGGAGAGGGUCUUUCAGACGAGGGGUGGGCUCAGAAGAACAUUGUCGUCGUUGUUUGCGGUGGCUCCAACAUCAACUUGGAGAUGCUGGAGAAGUACAGGAAGCAAUUUGGUGUAUAA